ACACAGUUACACUGCCAUGCUGGGUCAUAGUUCAGGAUUUCAUCUUAGUACCUGGGUUGGCAGAAGCUGGGAAUGCAGCAAACACAACAAGCUCCUCCCUUGGAAGGAAGCAUUUCAUGUUGCUUCCUCCUAAUGGUAGCUAAAGCCAUCUUCAAAGGUGGAGCUCAUUGCCUUUGAAGAGAGCUGCAUAUUGCCUUUCUCAGAAGGACUGUAACUGCAGAAUAGGGUCUUGGAGUGUGGGGAAAAGCAGGGGAUCCUGGAAACUCAUAAGGACCCACCCUAAGGGGAAGAGAGAGUUCCGGGAUUCACAGGCGUGGCUCUGUAUUUUCUUUGCAUCUCUUGCUCUGCAAAUGUGUUGAACUCGACCUUUGAGAAGUUACUGAUAAGCUGUUAUCAGCCAGGAGUUAAAAUAACAAACCCUCCCACCUUGCUCAGUUAGAUAGAAACUCCCCAGGCCAAAUUAAUGUGUACAAAUGUUAUACCAAUCCAGGCACGACAGCCUGGCCGAGGACAAAGUUUACUCUGUGAAGAAAUCAACCGCAACUGGUAGUUUCACACUGUUUAUGCAGCCUGUCCCUGUAUUAGAGAAGAAUCCAAUGUUGGACUGUCUUUGACCUUACGCUCAGUGCAGCUUCAGAGAGCAGUUUGGUUUAUCUAACCUGAAGAGGAAGCAUAUGGACAACAAGCCAAGAGGACAUGGGCUUUCAGUGCACUUGGAAAAAUGAUCAGGCAUCAGAACUGGUCCUGGGGCCAUUUGUUGCAUCUGAAUUGUGUAUCGUUAGUUCUCUAAGCACCGUAUCGUACUACCUGUUUCAUGCACAUGCACGGCACCAUGGCCAGUCCUCAGGAGCACCUGAGCUGGCCUUCCUCUACAAACUUGAUCAACAAAACUUUCAGUGAAGACAAAGACUUCAGUGGGAUACAUGGUGAUCAUGCACCCACCGGAAACCAUCCUUCACCUGAGAUCAUAGAGGAUGUGCGAGAGAAGGGCUUACUUCAGGCAGAUCUAAUAGAAAGUGUGGGCAGUCCAGUCACCACAGCGGUGUUGACCAGCGUCAGUGAGGACUCUAGGGACCAAUUUGAGAACAGUGUGCUGCAGUUGAGAGAACAGGAUGAAGUUGAAACAGCUGUGCCUCAGGGCAACAGUAACACGAUGGAUGUAGAGAAUAACAGUGGGACAGAUGACAUUAAAAUCCAGUUCAGCAGAUCCGGGAGUGGGAGCAGUGGGUUUCUUGAGGGACUUUUUGGCUGUUUGAGGCCAGUAUGGAACAUCAUAGGGAAAGCAUACUCCACAGACUACAAACUGCAGCAACAAGAUACAUGGGAAGUUCCAUUUGAGGAGAUCUCAGAGCUGCAGUGGUUGGGCAGUGGAGCACAAGGAGCUGUCUUCUUAGGCAAAUUCCGAGCGGAGGAGGUGGCAAUCAAGAAAGUGAGAGAACAGAAUGAAACAGACAUCAAGCACUUGCGGAAGCUGAAGCAUCCUAACAUCAUAGCCUUCAAGGGAGUUUGCACUCAAGCCCCAUGUUACUGUAUUAUCAUGGAGUACUGUGCACAUGGACAGCUCUAUGAAGUGCUACGAGCAGGUCGGAAAGUCACGCCUCGGCUGCUUGUGGACUGGUCCACAGGGAUCGCAAGUGGAAUGAAUUAUUUACACCUUCAUAAAAUCAUCCACCGAGACCUCAAGUCACCAAAUGUAUUAGUUACUCAUACAGAUGCAGUAAAAAUUUCAGAUUUUGGUACAUCUAAAGAACUCAGUGAUAAAAGUACAAAAAUGUCCUUCGCGGGCACCGUGGCUUGGAUGGCCCCAGAGGUGAUACGGAAUGAGCCCGUCUCUGAAAAAGUGGAUAUAUGGUCAUUUGGGGUAGUUUUGUGGGAGCUGCUUACAGGAGAGAUUCCAUACAAGGAUGUAGACUCCUCAGCUAUCAUCUGGGGAGUGGGCAGUAACAGCCUGCACCUUCCUGUCCCUUCCACCUGUCCAGAUGGGUUCAAAAUCCUCAUGAAGCAAACAUGGCAGAGCAAGCCCCGGAACCGUCCCUCUUUCCGACAGACACUGAUGCACCUAGACAUCGCAUCUGCUGACGUUCUUGGCACCCCUCAGGAGACUUAUUUCAAAUCCCAGGCUGAAUGGAGAGAAGAAGUAAAGAAGCACUUUGAGAAAAUUAAGAGUGAAGGAACUUGCAUACACCGGCUAGAUGAAGAGCUAAUUCGUCGCCGAAGAGAAGAGCUCAGGCACGCGUUAGAUAUCCGUGAACAUUAUGAGAGGAAGCUAGAGCGAGCCAAUAACUUGUACAUGGAGCUCAGCGCCAUCAUGCUGCAGCUGGAGGUCCGCGAGAAGGAGCUUAUUAAACGGGAACAAGCUGUGGAAAAGAAAUAUCCUGGGACUUACAAACGUCAUCCAGUCAGACCAAUAAUCCACCCCAUUGCGGUAGAGAAGCUGAUGAAGAGGAAAGGGGUCUCUCAUAAGCCAGGGAGCCAGACGAAACGGCCAGACCUGCUGAAAUCAGAGGGCAUAUCCAGUGCGGAGGUGGCACCCAAUGGCUCACCAGUCUCAGGAAGUCCCAAAAUGUCAACACUCAGUAACAAAGGCCGAUACCGCUGCAAACCACGUCACCGACGAGGGAACAGCAAAGGCAGCUAUAAUGAAUUUGCAGGGAUCUUGAAAAAUCAGCCAGCCCACGACAACUCACCACAGCCACCUCAUCAUCAUCAUCAUCCUCAUUCUCAUCUUCCCAGCCUACAGCAGCACCAGCAGCAUAGUCACCCCCAUUACCAUGGCCAUCACCCCAGGCUAAACAUCCAGGGGCAAGACAUCGCGAACUGUGCGAACAACCUGAGGUACUUUGGCCCUGCAGCAGCCCUGCGGAGCCCUCUCAGUAACCAUGCCCAAAGGCGCAUGUCCGGCUCCAGCCCUGAUCUCAUUUCUACUGCUAUGGAAGCCGAUUGUCGGAGGAAUUUGGAGAAUGAGGAACACAAGGUUGAUCACUGGCAGUGUUGUAAAGCAGACCCACACAACCCCUGUCCUCAGUGCCGGCAGGUGAACAGUGGUCAGAAACAGAUGCCGUCCAUUGAACCAGGGAUGAACCACCCUGAAUCAACAACAUGUGGUCCCUUGUAUGAAAAGGCCCAGCUUCCUGAAAAGAUGGAGGAGGAAGACCUCAACAGCUGCAAGUCAGUGUCCUUGCUAGGCACUCCUCAACACCAGGCUGCCCCAGUGCUACCUUGCAAACCGAGACCUAUUCAAAAGAGUGGUGACGACUCUUCAGAACAGGAAGAAGGAGAAGUGGACAGUGAAGUGGAGUUCCCACGGAGACAGAGGCCUCACCGCUGCAUUAGUAGCUGCCAGUCCUACUCAACCUUCAGCUCUGAGAACUUCUCUGUGUCCGAUGGAGAGGAGGGGAACACCAGCGACCACUCAAACAGCCCAGAUGAGCUGGCCAACAGGCUGGAAGACCAGCUGACUGAGAAGCUGGAUGACAUGCUGUCCCAGACUCCGGAAAUCCCCAUCGAGAUCUCCACUCAGUCUGAUGGUCUUUCGGACAAAGAGUGCGCCGUGCGCAGGGUGAAGACACAGAUGUCAUUGGGCAAGCUCUGUGCAGAUGAACACAGCUGUGAGAACCAGGCACAGUUUGGAGAAUCGGAUUGUGACUCUUCCGAGGGGGAGUGUUCUGAUGCAACCGUCAGGACCAAUAAGCCCUGCAGUUCUGCUACUUGGUAAUGACAAAUUCCCCACGAAAGUCCUCCUGAUACUGGCAUUUGGAUUCCCCAAGACUCCCUUCAUUUCCCCCACCCCCUCAUACUUUGACAGGAAGAGAAACUGAUUCUCCUUCCCAUCCCAGAAAUGAUCUGCAAUAACUUGAAUCUCUGGAAAAAUGUCCAAAUGAAAUUAAUUCUCACUGAGCAUUUCAAUCAAGAAUGGCAGGGAUGUAUUUUAUUGAAUAAUCUAGCUACUGUAACAUUGAUAUUUAUUUUUAUUUUUUUUUACAUUUUAACACUUUUUACUGUAAAGAGUGGACUAUAUAUCAAGAGAGACAAUAAUUUGUUGCAAAAAAGUUAAGAAAGGAAGCAAAUGAGAGACACAUCCUUGUGAGUCUUACAUAAAUAGCAUGAUGGACACAUCAGAAUCUACUGCUGCUCUCCCAAGGGACCAGACCUGAUGGCCCUAAAUGUUGGAGAAUAGAUAAAGAGAAACAAACCAAUCAGUUUUAUCAAAUGAAGAAGCAUAAGAGAAACCUUGCUAAAAGGUAACCUAUGAACAAAUGGCAUUCAGUACAACCAGCUGGGUCACUUUUAAUCAGAAAGUGGACAUGUUCCUGGAGAAAUUUGGUACCAAGGUGCUUACAUCCAGGGUCUUCUGAAUCAAUACAUUCCCCCAGGAAUGUGAUAAUGGGGGUUAAUUUAUGGGGUUUUGGUUUAUUUUUUAAUCAGCAUUUUGUUGUGAGAUCCUGCAGAUGUAUUCUAACCUCAUUCUCUCUCAAGACUUUGUAUAACAGCACUUUUUACCAUCACCAAUCAUCUUCACUAUGGCAGACAAAACAGUGUGAAUUUCCAGCUGAGCAGAGAAAGAUCUUUCAGCUGCAGAGUGCCAUUUUCCCACAGUUUACUUCCUCUCUUUACUUCCCAUUCGCCCAUUUGUUUCCUUCGAUUAAAAAAAAAAAAAAAUCAAAUCAGUGCUGGAAACACAAGAAACAUGGAAAGCACAUUCUGCAAAGCCUGAGAACUAGUCUGGGGAAGAAACCGGAGACACCUGUACUGAACCUUCAGCGGCAACCUCUCACCUAUCAUAACAUCACACAGCUGGCCAGCGCCAAGGGAGACAGCUGUGUAUUGGGAGCAAACCAGGGAAUACGUUGGCCUGGACAACAGUAUCAACCCUCCCUUUGUUCUAUUUAUUAAUGAUUUGGUUUUGGAAGCAUUAACAGCUGCCUGCCCUUCAUGUCAGGCUUGGUGUAAAACAGAAAGCAAAAUUUGGAUUCAGUUACCUAAGGGGUGGGUGGGAGAGGAGAGAGCACUUGAUUUUGGUUGUGGGUGUUUUAUGUGGGGGACCUCAAAGAGUGUAUCCCACUUCUGUAAAUUCCAGCCUGGAGGAGAAACUGAUGCAUUGUGGGGGUAUCUGAAAGGCAGAGGCACUGACAUUUGAGUGACCAGCCUAGCACUCCCAGGGGCCUCACUGGGCCUUCCGUUCAGAAACAAACGGCUCCUUUUAACUGACACACAGAACAAAGAUUUUAGUCCGUUUCUCAGUUAUUUUCCCUCUGGAACAAUUUCAGCUCUGCCUCAAGAGACCUGGGAAAGGCAGCUUCUCUUCCUCAUGGUCUGGCUAGCAUUGAUAGAGCAGUGUGUCCUGGGGAAAUCAGCCCUCUUAUAGAAGCCAUGCAUGAGCCUCAGAUGACCGGCAGGAAUAGACCAUAGGCAGGUUCUUCUGUUGCUUUGUUUGUUUACAUUUUGUUAAAAUGUUGAUUUGAACGUAGCCUUGAUAAUUUAUAGCCUAGUGGCAAGAAUGAAGGAAAAUGUUUUGCUUAUACAAAGAGCAGUAUUGUAUGAGUUAAAUUAUUCCAUAUUUUAAAAUUUUUGUAGCUGGACUACAUGUAGAUCUUAAGUUAUUACAUUAUUUUAUUUAUUAACUUUUCUGUAGAUCAGAAGGUUGGCUUUACUGCUAGCACAAUUGUUCUCUCUUCAUGUGAUGUUAUUUCCUUCUUGUGCAUCAUAGAAGGAUGGGAGCAGAGCUGGUUUCAGGGACUGUCAGUAUUUGCUCCCCUGCUGUGACCUCUGCUGGUGUCAUGCAGAGCACAGUCAUUCUGGAGGCUGUGUCAGUCUGGGCUGGCCUGCAAGGCGAAGGAGGAGGUACUCAGUUUCAUGGGCUUUAGAGAUCUUCCACAUGGGUGAAACUGUGCAGUUUGGGUUUGUUCCUGAUUAACGGAGGGACAGCAGGGUGUGAGUGUUGGGGGGCUAGGGGGGAGGCAGAUGGACUGAGGGGAAAGGGUUGGACAGGAGCGAGUGCUUUAUAGUGAGAAAUAAGCAAAAAGUUUUGAGCGAGCUUCUCUGGAUAAGCAUUCUGGGCUGCUAGUACAGAGCAGGGCAUCAAUUCUAGUGGUAGUGCUACAGAGGAGGUCCCAAAUGCUCGCAUAAAACAGCUAGAUAAAGGAGGAGAGAGGACCAACAGCCACCCUGUAGAAAUUGAAGGCAGGGGCCAGACUGACCACCACAAAUGCAGGGGGGACCAAAUUCAGUGUGCCAGGGAUGGGGAGGUUCACCCCAAAAUGGAAUGCUGAUGCCUGGCCCUGCAGAGAGCUUUAAGCUCCAGCAGAGGCUGUGCUGCUAAGGGUGAUCUGGACUGUGAUGUGUAGAGAGGGCACCCAUGUGCCAAGCCAGCCCUGCUCACCUGAGAUGUCAAGUGUUUUCUUAAGAGAGUGCUCAUUUCCCAAGGCAGCCGUAGAGCAUAGGCAAGAAGGGACCGUCCGACCUCAUGCUGUAGACUGCCAGAGCCCUGAGUUAGGUGUUUCAACUCCAUAUCAAUCAGACCCUGCCUGAGAAGGCAUGAAGGAUUCCCUGGUGCCCACAGGAGUUGUUUUGCCAGCACGCAGAGAUAGUGGUAGCCCCUGGUGAGUGACAUGAGGGAGUUCUCUGAAAGUUCUUAGACUUACAGUAGCACCUGCUAACAUAUACUGAGAAGCAUGUGAGUUUUGUGGCCCUACUUGCUUUCUGUACUGUACGCCUCUUUAGGCUUCUUCAUGGCCUUGCCUUCAACCACAUUGCUCAGCUCCACUGUCUGUCACAAUCACUCCUCACUCUCAUGGAGAGGCAGUACAAAAUCAUCCCCUUUGGUGUGAGCACACUCUGCCCUAGCAUUGGUCUGCUGCCCCUGUUCAUACUCGGAGGCACUUCCCCCAUUACCUGCUGGCAGGUAUCUGAAAUCCUGCCAACAGCUAGUGCCUCCCUCAGGACUCCUUCUAGUGUUUUUGCUCCUUGUACACUGGUAGCAUGCGGACAGCAGCUAUGCUGUAUGAGGUGCCGGGCUCUCCUGGGUCAUGACUGGAUCUUGGUGUGCACUGUGCAAUAGCUCAGGCAGCCCGCGUGCACCUGUGCUUGUCUCCAUCCCAGAAGGUUCAAC